AUGAAGAGCCAUCGGUGAGGGCAAGAUUAUAGGUUGUAUGAAUGCAGAUUGUCAAUAACAACAACAACAAGUUUAUUCAGUAAUAUCAUUUCUAUACAUGGUGUUACCGAUUGAAAUACAAUAUUAAACAAAGAGAGUUAAGGAAAUAUAAAUAUAAUGGAAUGGUAUAUGAUUUAUUAUUAUUAUUAUUAUUAUUAUUAUUAUUAUGAAUAUGUUUCUUUCGUCUUUCAAAUGCUUGAAAACGGAAAAUCAAAUCUUUGCAAUAGGGAGAUUUUAAAAGAGAGGGGUAGCUAAUUAAAUAGAUUAACGUACCGUUCCCCAGGGAACUAAACUGGGUCCUAUCUUAUUUCCCAUCAUGAUUAAUGACUUAUCUAGACCCACUCCUGAGGCAGCCUGCGUAGCAAGCGUUUCCAAUCGAGUUAUUGCUCGAAAGUCAUUCCUUUUUUUUUCUCUCUCGCCCCAACUUUCUCGACGAAAUCGCGAGGAAACGCUCGCUACGCAGGCUACUCCUGAGGCGAAUCUGUGGAAGUAUGUAGGCGAUGUUUCUGUCUCGGAACUUCCCACUAAGAACAAGGGUGCGUCCAUUCAGUCUACAUUAGACAUUGUCAGUUCCUUGGCAUGGAUGAUCCUGAUGGAGCUUAAUGCUAAAAAAUCAGAAAAAUGUAAAGAGCUACGGGUGUGUUUUUUUAAAGAGACCCCUCAGCUAUCCUCUUUACAAAUUGAUGGCCAAGUACUAGAAACAGUUCGCUCGCACAAGUUCCUAGGUUUGGUUAUCUAGGACAGUCUGAAAUGGAAUGAGCACAUCUAUAUGAUUGUAUCCAAGGUACCCAAGCGUCUGCACAUUAUGCGUAUAAUUUUUUUUAGUAACUAUGAUUGAACCACAUUCUUGUAAUUUUACUAAAUUUACUUUGUUUAAUGAUUAUUAUAUUGUAAACUCCAGUCCCAAGAAGAUUGUUGUAAUUUUCUCGCUUAUUAUAAACACAUUGUAAUUCAUUUCAAUACGAGAAUGUGGUGAUUAAACAUAUUUAUUUACUCAUUCUAUUUACUUAUUUAUUUACUUAAAACACAUUUGAAGGAGGCGGAGGGCUUAAUAGAGACGGGGCCGCUUAUUCAAUUUAGCAAAAAAAGAAGAUGGUAUCAUUUUUCCAUAAAAAAAAAAAAACGGCUAGAAUGCAAAGUGCAAAACCUCAAGCGGAGCUCAUGCAGCCGAGGAUCAAAAACAAAUCCGAGCUUCCAGCUGGUGAAUAAACCAUCCUGGAUCAGUCCACACGAAGUUUUAAGGUCACAAUAGACUCCUGACAGUCAGUGAUUGAUUAAUACAGUCUACCAUUUAUUAGCCUACGUGUAGCCGCACCCACCCCCUCUGACGAAGGAAAAACGUUUUUCCUUUGUCGGGGGGAGGAUGCGGUUACACGUAGGCUAUCAUUUAUCGGUGAAUGAUAAUAAGGGGAAGGAGAAGGGGGCUUAUUUGAGAGGGGGGCUUAAUAGAGGAUUUACGGUAAGUACAUGGCAGCAUGGUAAUUAAUGCAGCAACAAAUCAUCUAUCAAACACGAUCCAUGAAGUUAUCACAUAAUUAUACUUGAUUUGCACAGUAAUGGCGAUUCCUUAUUUACACCAGGGAUCAUGUUCUACAGCUUUAUAGAGGUCAAAGAAGGUUUGCCGAAGGAGUGUUUCCUUCCCCCGCAAAACUAGCGGUAAGUUCUUUAAUUAGCUUAAGAUGGCGAAGGUAAUGCAACAAAGCCUUUAUUAUUAUUAUUUUUAUUAUUAUUAUUAUUAUUAUUAUUAUUAUUAUUAUUAUUACUAUUAUUAUUAUUAUUAUUAUCAUUCAAAUAAUUAGAGUUCUUGAAUUUGUAUUUUGCUUGUAUUUUGCUGUUAUGGAUGGAUGGUCUGUGAGUGAACGUGACUGUCAGGUUUGUCUUAAUCUUUCACUCACAAAACUUAGACUAUUUUCUGAUGGCCAACAGAUUUGAUCUUUAAAGUGAGAGGGCGGCUGGAUGUGCAUACAUAAAUAAUUAUACUUUCAAGUUGUAAAACAAAGUUUUUCACUUCUGACUUGAUGGAACUUCGUUUUAUAUUCUCAUCCACUAAGCCGCUUAACACUAGUUAUAUUACUCAAAUUAAUUAGUUUGUCGGCAGUCGUUCAGCAUACAUUCGGAUAGAACAGUCUCCACUCACGGCAUUUGAACUUAGUUCUAUAGCCCGACUCUCCACGAGUCUUCCAAAGCGCAUGUCAAAAAUAUUCAAUAAGAAUUCAAGUGAAGGUCUUCCUUUAGGGGUACUCAUAAUUGUUUCUGUUUGUUUCUUUGUUUGUUGUUGUUGUAUUUUUUUUUAGCUGCACGCUUUUAUUUUCAGGGAGGAAGUCUUCGAUUCUCAGGAUAUCAAGUUGCCUAUACAAUUUAUGGUAGGAGUUACAUAACUUUAGUAAGUUUAGUAGGGGGAUCUGGUAUUUCUUUCUUCGUAUGGGGGAAAUCUGCUGUAAUCCAUUGACCCGUUCAUUUCGUCACUUCCAUAAUUGUUUAAGUUCAGAGUAAAAGAAAACAACUGGUCGCAUACGGACGAACUGCUGAGGGUUUUAUUCCAUAGAGUGGAACGUACACUUAAAGUGGGUCUCAACACGCAUUUUAAAAAUGGGUGUCGCUGACAUUUUUUCGUGUUACAAGCACUUAACGAUAAUAUAAGAGUGUGUUAAGUAGCUUUACGUUUCUAUGGUGACGUACUAUGUACGGUACGUCAAGUAAAGAUGAAAGUGCCUAAUUGCACGUUUUAUGGAGGAGGCCGUAAACAAGCAAUGACGAGUUUCUCUUUCUCUUUCUAAACUUAAGUGCAGUUCCCAAGAAAUCAACUCCAGGGAAAUUCGCCUACAUUAGACAUUUUCAGUGAACUGGAAUUAACGCGACAGAGUUUGAAAAGACGCGAAUUUAUUUCAAAAGUGACGUUUUCGCGGCCGUCACCGUCGUCGAUGCUAAAACUCCCUAAAAUCACAUUCACUACUUUGUAUAGAUGUUUAUGAUUUCAGGUCAGAUUAGAACAUGUAGAAAGUGCCCACAUCGCCUUUCACUUGCCCUUUUCCACCACUAUCUCGGACCCCAUAAAAGUUAUUUGAUGAGCGUUGCGAGACGGGACAGGGAAAGGCUGACUAGAAGACUUGAAAUCCACAGGACUGACCGCUAUGGUGUCCGCUUAACAGAGGGUUAAGAGGGUUAUCCCGUUGAAAAAAGAAUCGUUUUCCAAAAAAUUUAGGGAUAAAGUUUAUGACUUACGGUCGCUAGUGUUCGCUAAAUGUGGGGUCUUCUAUGGUAGGUUUCACUGAGUGUGAUUUCUUUUUUCUUUUUUCAGGAUAUUGCUCGGUGGGAAUUCUUCUAUGGCUUGUUCUUUUUGGUCCUGUAUUUUAUUUUAAGCAUGCAGAACAUGUCCUUCCCAAAGCAUGGUAUGAAUGGUUAAAAAAAAAAGUGGAAUCAGCUAUGUAAGUAAAAUUUGUUCCUUGUUUGGGCCGCACAUCUUUAAACACUGCCAAUGAAUCUUUCGGUGAGUUUUUCUAGGUUUGUACUUCGCUUUGCGUACCGUGCACUACAUAAGCGAUCAGUGCUUAGGUUAUCCUGAUUUUCAUCCUCGGGUGUAAGUCGAUGCUGCUCCCUACUUUAUUAGAGACCUUUAGCAUCAAGUUUUUCAUGAGAAACUGCAAACUGCAAACCGCAAAAUGUCACGUGACCACGGCCUUGCGGUCACGUUUGCAGUUUGCAGUUCACGUUUGAACCGCAGGAAGGGCUUCCAGGAGUAUACAAGUGAUUUACGGCAAAGUUUUUUGCCACAAAAAAUUGUACAGUCUCGCGUUUAAUGGUAUGAACUAGCUUUUUAUAUCCGUUUGCGAUGUGUUUGUUGGAUUUUUGAUCUCGAAUCGAUGAAUAAUUGCUGAUUUUUGGGCGAUUAAAGUGAUGCACUUCGAAUUGAUUAAAACAACAUGGCGGCCCUAAAUUCAAAUCGAUUUUAUAUUCCUUUCUGCCGUACUAACAAAAGAAAGUAUUCUUUUCCAAUCCAGAGUUAAUUUUUUUUUCUAUCUUGUUACUGAAUUCAUAACUUAACUCAGUCUUUGUUUAGUUCCUAUUUUUAACGUAUCACUCCGCGAAUUUCAUUUUAUUUUGCUUAUUUCUUUGAGACUUGGGAGCCAAGGCUUCAUAAGCCUUCUGGUUUCUUCUGGGCUCCCUUGCAAUCUUACAAUUCCUUUAUGUGUUUUUGUAUUGUAUUAUAUUUUGGCCAAAUAAAAUUGAACUGAACUGAACCGAACGCCUUGCUAAAAUUUGAAAUCUCGGCAACGCGAAAAUGCAAACGCGUAACUGCAAACUGCAAACUGCGGUUUGCGGUUUGCCUGAUGCUAAAGGUCUCUAAUCUCUGCAUUGUUUCGCUAUAAUACGUUGUCAAACCUCCUCUCCUUUGGAGCAACUCUUUAAUUCAUUUAGCGCCUGAUUAUUGCCAAGUCUGGCCAAAAUUGGUUACUAUGGUUACAUUUAAGUUACUAUGACGUCAUAGGUGGCAUGAGGUCAUGCAAUUUGGAAGGGCAGAAGCGACUUUUUCUCAGUUUUUGUAGCUGUUGUUGUUGCCGAAAAACCCUGACACACAAGACAAAGUUGAAGGAAACAUCAGGACUCGAGGGAUAUCUUCAAAAAUCGUUGCUUUUAGCUUGAGGCUCCAUUUUUUUUGUUAUUGUGUUCAUUCACGAAAGUAACUGGCAGUCGGUUUUUCCUGCCUUCUCUCACGUCACUAUGUUGAACACGUGCUGUUGCAUCUUGAGCUGGCUACAAUUGCUGAAUUGUAUCACAAACGAGAUGCAAUUAGAUUCAGUCAAGGCCACGUGACUACGAAUUAACCAAUGACAGUCCCUGUUUAGUUGAAUAAACUUCUAAAGCUACAACUUGAAUUAUGUAGUGUAAUACUGAACUUUUUGUGUUUUACUGACUUCAGGUGUGCACUUAUCAUAGCCGCUGCCCUUCAUCUCUUUCAAUUGUUUCUUUCCCACUAUGUCUUCCGCGACAGAGAUUUUCCCAGGAUUGUCAUCACUGUGGAUAACAGGUAUUUGCCGUCUUCACUACGUCUUCUCGUUUGGUUCUUGAACCUUGUAAAAACAGUUCAACCUACCGUAAGUGACUACGAGGCAAAAGGCUGACAGUUAUCACUCUUUUUGCCUUCCACCCCUUUCUUUUAUUAAUUUAUUUAUUUAAAUAAUUAUUUAUAUAUUUGAUUGAUUGAUUGAUUGAUAUAUUGAUUGAUUGAUUAAUUUAUUUUGCAGACGCUUGUUCUCGAUUAUGUCAUACUUCUUGUUCUUUUUCAACAUUCUGGUCGGAUUGUUUUCUGGCUUUCUUCGCAUCAUCUUUGGUAUAGUUCUAGGAGUUGUAUUCCUGGCACGUAUAGACCGGUCGACCUUGAUGCAGGGAUUUCAAAGAUUUGACCGAGGCAUGUUGAAAUCUUUAAAGGGGAAAAUUAAACUGUACACGGUUUUCCGUAGCUAUGAUAAUUUUUAUUCUACUUGCAUUUAAAAUAUGAAACAAUCCAGAUAUAACUUACAACAUGCAAGAUACAGGCUAGCCAGUUCACGGUGAAGGCGGUUAUCGCGGUAGAGACCAUAAGAAACAUUAGAUAAUAUCGAUGUCAUACGUCCCUAUUUUUUUGCUCUCCCUUUCAUCCCUUCUUUAUCGCCUGAUUUCUCCCUCCUCUCUUAUAUUUUCGACACUUUAUCAUCCUCCUCCCUGGGCUGUUCACAGACCCUCGAUUUUUCCUUUUAAAGAUCGUCGAGCGCGCGUAUAUCCUAUGGACAGAUCGUCGAGCGCGCGUAUGGAAAUAAAAACCGCGGGGAAUUUAUUCACCCCAAGCGCCAGCGGGUGCUCCGUGCUUGCUCUAGCGCGGCCGCACUGUCUGAUUGUCGAAAAAAAACGUCUAUGGCCAGGCUACUUCCUUCCUAAACCGUUUCUCUCCGUUCUCAAAAGAGUGUAACUUGUUAACAACCGACGAAAGUUGCAAUCCAAUCAUUCAACAAAGGCCUUAACCCUUUCACUGCUAGAGUGUUUGAUGGAGUUUUGUAAGGUGACUCUAACGUUUGAGUCUGUGGACGAAAUCCUAUGAUGUGACCACUCAAAUGAAAGCUCUCUGCCUGUACUUUCACAUGAUGCUAUUUGUUUCUCACAAUUUUGGAAAAUGAAGUUUUGGAAACUUGGUCGAAACUUGCCUUUGGCCACAUUUGGCAGUGAAAGGAUUAAAAGAUCUUUGCCUUUUAAUGUGUUCAUUCACUGGCAUAUGCUUGCCAUGAGGUUCCAGUCUCCCUCAAUCUCACAUUCUUAUCCUUCUCUUCUACAGCAUUUGUUGCUUACCUUGGUUUUAUCAACCUGCUUGUUGCUCAGAGCCAUCCCGUGAUGCUUUUGUUUUGUCAGCUACUGAUAAACAGGGACAAAGUUCACCAGCCUAAUUGGGAAUCUCCAGCAGGUGCUCAAUCUGAGAACCGCGAUUGUUCAAAGGAAACUGGGGUUGCCUCUGGUAUGUGCUUUGUUAACCUUGUUAAAUCCAUCGAAUAUUUGAAACAUUAUAUGAACAGUAGAACCUUAACCCGACAUAACGAGAUUAGCCUGCGAGCAAGCUCUCCAUUUGGGCGAGCGAAGCGAGCCAACCGAGCCGUGGUACGCGCGAGCGAGCGAGAGGCGGAGGAAAGGAGAGCUUGCAACGAUCUCUCAUAAAUUCGCAUUUCUACUUCGUCUAGACGAAGCGAGAUACCAUUGAACGGCGCGCUUAUGGUGACAGUUUUCACGCUUUGCAGUGUCUCGGGGUUUCCGGGGUGGAAAUGAAAAUUCAUGAGAGAUCGUUGCAAGCUCUCUUUUCUCUCCCCCGCCCCCUGCUGUUUCGUCUUUCCUCGCGUGCACUCGUGCAUGUACUUUUCCCCAAGUGGAGUGCUUGCUAGCAGGCUGUAAUGAGAUGCGAUUAGAGACUGGGGAAACAAGCAGCUUCAUCAUUACCUGGACACUUUAAAUCGGGCCCGUAUUCAAUACGUUACUAGAAAUACGUAAAUCGCAGGACCUCGCGAAGGACUUGGGAGGAACGGCAAGUAAAGGGAGAAGAAAAUUUGUCAAUCAAAAAUUGUGAGCUAUAUACAGAAACAUAACAAAACUGUUAUACCCAAAAUGGAAACUAAAUGAAAAGAAAAAGAAAAAAAAAAGAAGAAAAGAAAAGAAAAGAAGCGGAGAGAAAAAGGUACUCCCCGGGUGCGAACUCAGGCCCUACGGUGCACCGGGCGAAAGCGUUACCACUAGGCCACGUGGAACACACACGCCACCAAGGGAAUUUUUAUUAUUUAAACCUUUGAGCCUUAUUAAACAUGAGUUCAAAGAUAUUUUUCACAAGAAUGACUGCAGUUUGGACAGUGAAAACCCAAGGUAAAUGCAUUUCAUCGCAUUUACAUGUAGAGAAGGGAAGGCCAACAGUCUAGGACGAUACGGUACAAACUCGUCUGCGAGCAAAACGUGUUUUGUUACCGCGAUGUUCGCUCCGUAUGUUUAUAAGGCUAAUUAUCCAAAAUCGCUUCCAUUUGCUCUUUAAGAACUUUAGCAUUUGAAAUUCAUUGAGUGAUGUUCUCUCUGCUCCGCUGUUUGUUGCUACCAUCUCCAUCCAUCUUUGUUGCUUGCCCCUUUGAAUUUCAAGUCGGCAGUUCUUCGCUCCAGAGGAUUUUUCGGUGUCAAAUCUUCCCCUGCGAGGAUUGUCAAUUCGGCGUUCUUGUGUUUGCUGUUCUGUUUGCAUGAGAAAUGGCUUGAGAUUCACCGAUAGUAAACAUUGUUUUGCAGACGAUGAAAACACAGCUCUUCAUGAGUGCUUUGGUCAUAGACCUAUUCGGCUAACUCAAUGUUGUACCCAAUUCAAACCCUUUGGGAAUAAAACGUUUUGUUUCAGGAAUUUCCAUAUCAUUUAAAUGUAAAUGCCACAUUAUAAUGCAAAUACAAUACACAAAGAAUCUUAUCCCCGGGAGAUUUGAAUUGGGUACAACACUGAGUUAGCCGAAUAGGUCUAUGGAUGGGAAUUUGAAAAUUGCUUUCAGUCGAAUGUUGCCUAGAAACAAAAAAGCGCCGUGACGUCAACUACUGUAUGACGUCAUGGCGGACACCAACCAAACUCGAUAGAUUUAUAGCAAACAGAAAAUCACGCUGCGCUUGCGAUCCUCGUGGGAAACACGCGCGCUUCGCGCGACGAGAUUAUAAACCUCGCGGCUCGACGCUCGCUCCGCGCCGAGCUUCGCUCGGAAUAAUUGGGGGUUAAAAUGGAUUACGUUAUACUGGGGUCCGUUCUGACGUAUGUUAGUCGAGGGUUUGUAUGAGGGGGUGAGCAAAGACGUUAUUGAGCGACGCACGUCAACCGGAAGUGACGCUACAAUUGUAAAAAACCUCACCUCUUCCGUGUAUAGGCAGCUAAUUCUGUUCUUUUUUUCGUUUGCAGUGUAUACUCGUGAGCGAAGACUUCCGCGUAUGUCUCAAAAGGCAUUCAAUCGCUGGCAUCUGACUAUGACACUGCUUCGUAACCCGUGUCUCAUCAAAUAUCGUAAGCGGAUUGGUAUAAGUCGUGCAACUUCCGUUCGCCUCAGGAGUAUCCGCACUGACUUGAGCGAACUUGUGCCUGCUUGA